AUGUUAUCUGCGCAGGGAACUGCUGCCUUGGCUCUUUUCCACAGUGUUCUAAUAGUGACUGCACUGAUAGACUCUGAUGACGUCAUCACGCGAGAUGAGCAGAUCUACGUCCUGAUUGGUGCUCAUGCCAAGUGUGAAAGGAACAUCCAGGCACAGAUGGCCCUGGUUAAAGAAGGUGACUGUUUCCCGGAAUGGGAUGGGAUCAUCUGCUGGCCCCAGAGCAGAGCAGGUCAGCUGGUUUCAGUGCUGUGUCCAGAGUACAUCUACGACUUCAACCACAGAGGACGAGCCUACCGCCAGUGUGAUGCGUCAGGGAACUGGGAGCAGGUGCCCAGUAUCAACCGCACGUGGGCUAACUACACCGAGUGCACCACGUAUUUGACCUCCAACCACAGGAGCCAAGAGGAGAAGGUGUUCGAGAGGCUCCAUCUCAUGUACACUGUUGGCUACUCCAUCUCUCUGGCGUCACUGCUGGUGGCAGUCUCCAUCCUCUGCUAUUUCAAGCGUCUCCACUGCACACGCAACUACAUCCACAUUCACCUCUUCACCUCCUUCAUAUGUCGAGCAGUCAGCAUUUUUGUGAAGGACGCUGUCCUCUACACCAUAUCUGAAGACAGCAAUGCUGAGCCUGAGUUCACUGCACAGAAGCCCCAUAUGGCCGGCUGCAAAGUUGCCGUGACGUUCUUCCUUUAUUUCCUGGCCACCAAUCACUACUGGAUCCUGGUGGAGGGCUUGUACCUACAUAGCCUCAUCUUCAUGGCCUUCCUCUCCGACAAGAACUACCUGUGGGCCCUCACUAUCAUUGGCUGGGGUGUUCCAGCUGUGUUUGUGUCCGUUUGGGUCAGUGCACGAGCCUCAUUGGCAGACACACAAUGUUGGGACAUCAGUGCAGGAAACCUAAAGUGGAUCUAUCAAGUUCCCAUUCUGGCAGCCAUUGUUGUAAAUUUCUUGCUUUUCGUGAACAUAAUACGUGUACUGGCCUCUAAACUGUGGGAAACAAACACUGGCAAAUUGGACCCUCGGCAGCAAUACCGAAAGCUACUCAAGUCCACAUUGGUCCUCAUGCCCUUGUUUGGAGUCCAUUACAUGGUGUUCAUGGCUCUUCCCUACACCGAGGUCACCGGGCUGCUGUGGCAAGUGCAAAUGCAUUAUGAGAUGUUCUUCAAUUCAUCCCAGGGCUUUUUUGUGGCAUUUAUCUACUGUUUCUGCAAUGGGGAGGUGCAGGCGGAGGUAAAGAAGGCGUGGUUAAGACGCAACCUCACGCUGGACCUCAAACAGAAAGCCAGGAUAACCAGCAGCGGCGGCGGAGGCAGCUGUUACUAUGGCGGCAUGAUGUCACACACCACCACCCACAGUGUCAGCUUGUCUGCUGCCAAUCCCAGAGCUCUCUCCUUCGCUGGAGGUGUGGUGGGCUCAGGUGGACCUGCUGGUGGAGGGUCAGGGGUCAGGCCGCCACGCCACGGCUCUCUCCACCCACAGACCAGCCUGCCCGGAUACGUGCCCUGUGAUACUCAGACCUCCAGCCCCCAACAGGAGCUAGCUGUGUGGAAGGCAGGGGGGACGGAGUGUGGAGUUUUCGCCCGGCAUGCCAGAGCCAGCAGAGGAAUUAAUGACUCCAGAAGUCAGGGAGCGUUUCCACAAACCUCUGGAGAAGAUCCAGACAGCUACUUAUCUCUGAAAGAGCUGGAGACCAUCUUGUGAUUGUUUUGAUAAAUGUUCAGCCGAGCUAAACGAAGCACCGGACUGAUGCAGACCAAACCAGACGAUGACAAUGAAUCUUUCUGGCUUCGUCUGACGAGAAUGGGCAUCUGUGCAAACCUCCACGUUAACUUACAACAAAAACAAGACUGAAGACCCACCAAACUCGACAUUUCAAGGAUUUACUUGUCUUGACAUUGUUUUGUCAACUUCCUCAGAGAGAGAACUUUCAGUCUCAACUUUUAAGGAGUUGGAUGAAUUCUGUUUGCUGAGGAAGAUCAUGUGAUGUGAUUGAAAGCUCCAGAACAGCUCCUGAGCAGACCGCGUGGUGAGAUUGUUUUGUGGUUCACUGGAUUCUUCAGUGGGUGGGAUUGUUGUGCUACAAUCUCCUCUCUCUCAACUUACAGAUAUCUUGUGGAUCUGUUUAAUUUCUGUCAGCGUACAUGAACUGUACAUGCAUUUAAUAUGCUUUCAAUUGCUGUGAGAAGAAAUGUGAACAGAUAAAUGAGGUUAAAUGAUCUGUGAAGAAGUGAUGCUGCAGAGGACAGACCUGGAUGUUUAAACAGGGAGAUAUCUGUCUCCCUCUUCAUGUCUUUCCUGUGUCGGAUUUUCCAGGCCUGACUGCUGACUGGCUGAACCCAGUUUAAACUGCACUUACGUGUGUGUGUGUGUGUGUGAGAGAGAGAGAGAGAGAGAGAGAGAGAGGGAGAGAGAGAGCUGCUGUUGUCUGUGAAUCUGCUGCAAUCCUCCCUUUUCCAAAUAUUGACGUCCAUACAUACCAGCUGCACAUUUAUGAUGGAGGAAGUAUUAUUCUAUUAGUUGCUCUACCAACCUAACUGUCCACAUUUGAUUAUUGAUUGAUUAUUUAACAGUUAGUAGUGUCCAGACAGUAUGUCUAGACAGGUCGGGUCUCUCCCUGCACCUUUGUUGUUGUCCAUGUUGUCUACUCAGCCCUAUUUAUCAGCCUGACGGGACCCCGAGGGCUGAUGCACAAACCUUUUACCCAUCUCAGACCAGACCCCAUGCUCCUUCCUCCACGUGACCUCUGCCCCCAACGCCCUAACAACACCGUCCAGAAUUUCACACACUCCCCUCAGGCCUCGGCUCGGAGCGAAGAGGCACCUGAGCUGCUUGUGGACCUCGAGCAUGAGUAACAAACCUGCAGCACAAGCCACCAGUAUUCACAAGAUAAACAGACAGGAAAUCGUGCUUGUACUUUAGGCGUCCAUAAAUA